UAGAGGCGCUCAUUAUGCCUCCCGUGCCCGUCCCGUCAUCUCGUGACCGGUGUCUGUCGUCUGUCCAUUUUGAAAUUUGAAUUGUGAUAAUGUGAAUUGUUAGAUGUGUGUUUGUAAUUUUUGAAACAAUUAAUAUUCUUAUUUCAGAGUUAAUUGAAGAUAUUUAUCGAAUUGGAUAUUCCAAGUGCCAACGUCGUAAUCCAUCCAACUCCUACCUGCAUAAUUGAAUUUUUUGAUGUUACAAGAAUCGAAACCGAAUAUUGAGAGCAGCAGUAAAAUGCCUGGUUUCAAUAAAGCUGGAACUUUCAAAAUAUUCGUCGGCAAUUUACCAGACGGCACCAGCGCUACGGAGGUGAAACCAUUGUUCGAAAAAUACGGUCCGGUCGUAGAAUGCGACAUCGUGAAGAAUUUCGGUUUCGUGCACAUGGAAGACGAAGAAUCCGGUCGCGAGGCGAUUAAAAAUUUAAACAAUUCUUUGGUGAACGGUACUGCGAUUAAGGUUGAAGCGGCCACUAGUCGCAAAGGUCCGAAUACGCCUACGGUGAAAAUAUUCGUCGGUAAUCUACCAGAUAGAAGUAAGGCUGCUGAAGUUCGCGCUUUGUUCUCCAAGUACGGUACGGUCGUCGAAUGCGAUAUUAUUCGAAAUUACGGAUUCGUGCAUAUCGAUACGAACGAUUUGACCAAAUUGUUGAAAGAAUUGAAUGGUUUCGAAAUGGCCGAAGGUCAUCCGAUGAAAGUGCAGAUUUCUAAUAGUCGCGUCAGACAACAUCCCGGAAUGGAUGAUCCUCAACGAUGUUAUAAAUGCGGACGUACCGGUCAUUGGUCGAAAGAGUGCUCGAAAAAUGCCUCUGCUGCUUUAUCAGCCACUGCUGCCGCAGCUACAGCGGUAUACGCUACAGCGUACGAUCCUAGAGGAAUGCAAGCGUUAUCGUUACCUUCGACGUUUUCGUCUAGGGAUCUGUAUCCACCUCCACCUCCGCCGCCAUCUGCAUCGUUCGUUCGAGAAAGGAUCUUGAAUCCUUACGGAAUGUUAGCCGAUCCUAGAGAGUUUUACGAUCGGUAUUUUGAUCGUUUCGAAAGAUCAGUCGAACGUUACGACGACGAACGCGAAUACAGCCGUUUAUCAUCGAGACGCGAUUUAAUGCCGCCUCCGCCACCGCCCGGUGUUGCCACUCGUUUGGCAUCGUCGCGGGAUUCCGAAUACGACAUGUUCAGCCGUCGUUCGCCUUCCAAAUACACGAGCAGCCGCGCGUACGAUGAAUAUGCUCGUGCGUUGGAUCCGUAUGAUGACAGAAGACAUGUGUACGAUGAAUAUUCCUCUAGACGUUCAGAAAGCGCUCGAGAAAGUUCGCGCAGUUCGUCGCGUUACGCGCCCUAUUAAAGGGCAGAUGGAAACGAGAAAAAAAAAAGAAUUGGGAAUCAUGGAAUGCGCCUGAUCCCUCACCCGAUUAUGAUUAUUUUAUUUUUAUUCGUUAGCUCUACAUUUUAGUAAAUGGAAAAUAAUUUAAAUAGUACCUAUACUCUGUAUGCGAUUACCGUAAUAAUGUACUUACAAAUGUUCGUCAUUUGUUUGCUAUCAUGUCAAUGCAUUUUUUGGUAAUCGCGUAAAAAAUGUCGAGUAAUAUAGUGAACCUGGCAGUAUGCAGCGUGAAUCAUUAUUUUGAUUGUACGAGUAUUUAAGUUUUAUACAUUUUGUAUGGAAUACUUCCUUUAUUUUUACUUCUCUUGUUUAUCCUCCUUAAUGUGUAGUGUAAAACCCUUUUAAUGAGCACAUUGAAUGUAGCGACUACUUUCUUUUUUAAUCCAAGUAUGCGAGAUAUCGUAUUAUUAAGUCUGUGCCACGAUUUUCUAUUAUCAAAACAGCUUCUUAUUUUUUAUUGUAUUAUUUUUAUUUUAUUUUCGUUUUAAAUGAUGUUUUCCCCUCUUUUUUAAAAUUUCAUUUCGAACGUUUUUAUAAGUGAAUUGACUACUAAUUAAAGUAUGCUUGACUCAUAA